UCCGUCCACCAUCUGAGUACAAGGGCAUUUAUGUUGUUAUUGACUUAAUGGCAAUUUUGUGCGACGAAGUGUGUGCAAAAUUCCCAAAAAAAAGCCGGUCACUGCCUUUGAAUGUGUUGUUUUCGAGCGAUUCGAGUUUCUUCACCUAUCUUAGCUCGUUCGUUAGUCGGUUUUAUAACGCGUAGAAGUGAAGAUGUUGUCUCGCGGUGUACUCCACUUGAGCAGGGUUUCGCAAAAGACAAUCAACAAACAACAGCUAAGAUGGUUCAAAGUUAACAGCAGAGUAACGAGCCACGACGAAUAUGGCUCAAGAUCACAGGAAGGAUCGCACGAUACCAGUGGAAGUCUACUAUCCACCUCAGCCGCGUUAGUAGGGAGUUCACUCCUAACAUACUGGAUUGUUAAAAAGCUCAAGAAUGAUUCAGCGACGGUGUACGCCAAGGCGGCUAGCUCCGAUCAACAGGACAUCAGUAAGGCCCACACAGAGCUACGCAAGGACCUACCGGUGUACUCGAUGGAUCAAGUUGGAGAACACAAUUCCCCUAAGACGGGCAUUUGGGUGACGUACGGCAUCGGGGUGUACGAUAUUACCUCGUUCGUGCCCAAACAUCCGGGCAGUGAUAAGGUGAUGCUCGCUGCAGGCAGCGCCAUCGAUCCCUUCUGGCACAUCUUCCAGCAGCACAACACCAAGGAAGUCCUCACGCUGCUGGAAACAUUCCGAAUCGGGAACCUCAGGGAAGACGACGUGAUCUCAACCCAAGAUCAGGACAACCCAUGGGCCGCAGAACCCAAACGGCACGCCAUCCUGAAACCGACUGCCCAAAGGCCUUUCAAUGCCGAACCACCGGCUUCGAUUCUGGUGGAUGCGUUCCUCACGCCGAACGAGUUCUUCUACGUGCGGAACCAUUUGCCAGUGCCGGAAGUGGACAUCAAAGAAUACGAGUUGGAGAUCGACGUCGAACUUUCGGACAAGACGAAGAGCAAAAAGCUCAAGUACGACGAUCUGCGAAAGCUUCCGAAGCACAAGGUCGUUGCGACGAUCAUGUGCGGAGGCAACCGUCGAGGGGAGAUGAUGGAGAUCAAACCGAUCAAGGGGCUAUCCUGGGGUCCUUCGGCCGUUGGGAACGCCGAGUGGGCCGGUCCACGGUUGUCGGAUGUCCUCAAAGCGAUGGGAGUCGUGUCGGAUGAAACCAGUCACGUGCAUUUCGAGGGCCUGGACGUAGACCCGACGUCCACUCCGUAUGCAGCUUCAAUACCUCUAUCCAAGGCCAUGGACCCACGUGGAGACGUGAUCCUAGCGUACGAAAUGAACGGAGAACCCCUAAGUCGCGAUCACGGCUACCCUGUGCGCGUCAUCGUCCCCGGAGUUGUCGGAUCGCGGAAUGUGAAAUGGGUGGGACGUAUCGUGGUCUCCAAGGAGGAAUCUGGAUCGCAUUGGCAGCAGAAUGACUACAAGUCAUUCAGCCCCAGCACCGAUUGGGACACGGUGGAUUUUAAGUCCGCUCCUGCAAUUCAGUACAUGCCGGUGACCUCUGCCAUCUGCAGUCCGGCGAAUGGGGAUCAACUCAAGGCGGACAAUGGGUUCAUCACUGUGAAGGGCUAUGCUUGGUCCGGUGGAGGUCAAGAAGUUAUUCGAGUGGAUUUAACGGCUGACGGUGGCAAUACUUGGAUAGUGGCCGAUCUAGACCAGGUGGAGAAGGGCACCGGCAGGGGACGUCACUGGUCUUGGUCCCUGUGGACGGCGAAGAUUCCUGCCAAGCCGGGACAGAAGUUGGAAAUUUGGUCCAGAGCGGUGGAUGACAACUACAACUCCCAGCCGGAGACGUUCAAGAAUAUUUGGAACUUGAGAGGAGUGGUUGGCAAUGCGUAUAGUCGCAUUAAAGUUGAAGUUAAGUGAGGGAGAUGAUUGUUUUACAUGGAAGUUCAAAAGUGCAUUAAAUCCAAUUGUUUAUUGUUCUAUUAUUUAA